UUCUUUACAAGAGUUCCCCGGGAUCGAUUCUAUAAAUAGAAUAGAUCUCUAGAUCUAUACAUAUUCCAUAUUCAUAUUAGAUCAAAGAUUAUAUAAAUAUAGAUCUAGGCCUAUUAUGUUAUAGAUUUUGAACUAGAUCUAGAAGCAUUAAUUUGUUCAUUUCCUAAACUUCAAAGAAUUUUAUAAGUUGUGAAAAAUGUGUGAUGCACAGCAGUAUUUGAUUCUGGAUCUGAAGGAUAAAAUAGAAAUUGAUAGUGAUGAAUCCAAUGAAAAAACACAGGAAACUGUAGUUCCAAGUCACCAGCCAUCAACUGACUUGAAACAAAACUUCACACUUCAACUGAAAAAUGAAUUUUUUGUAAAAAGUGAGGACAAGGGUUUGAAGACAGCUUUUGGAUUAAUACAACCAAGUGAUGAACAAACACUUAAAGUAUCAACGCACCAAAGCUUAGCGGAUGAACUGAAAAAUGAAAUAGAAAGUGAAACAAAAGAACUAGACGAAACACAUUUAUUAACACAAUCACCUAAAGAACUGACGCAAACAUUUUCUACCGAUGUUAAACAAGACUUCAGAUUAAAACUGAAUUGUAGGAUAAAAAGUGAAACCGAGGAACGGGAUGAACCAGUUCUGCUAAUGCACCCCUCUGUUGAAGAAGUAGACAAAUCAUUAAAUGAGGUAAAACCAGACAUUUCUGUUUUAUUUAAAAAUGAGAUAAAAUUAGAGAAGACUGAGUCAGAAGAAAAAACUAAUCAACAGCAGUUGGGGACAGCCAUGAGAAUGAAGAGUGAAAUAAAAGUUGAAAGUCAAGACACAGAAGAACCAGUUUCUUUUGUAAAUCCUGAUCCUGCCGAAAGCAACUUUCGUCCUCAAACCCCUGAUGACAUCAUUGAAAAUCAACAACAGGUACAUUUCUUUACAAAAAGUAAUAAAAAGACUUUACUCCAAGAGUCUGGCUCUGUUACUAAUCAACAAAAUGUCAGCCAAAGGCAUGAAUCUUCUUCAAAAUUCAAAUGUAAAAUAUGCGUAAAAGAAUUUUCUAAGUCUAGAUAUUUAAAAAGACACCAGCUGGUACAUAGUGGCCAGAAGAAAUUUAAAUGUCAAAUAUGCAUGAAAGGAUAUAAAAAGUCUUCAAGCUUGAAAAUCCACCAGCUUGUUCACACUGGUAAAAAACAGUAUAAAUGUGAAAUAUGCAAGAAAGAAUUUAUUUAUCUUCAUUAUUUGAAAAAACAUCAGAAGAUUCAUAUUGAUAAAAAAACAUUUAAAUGCCAUGCUUGCCAAAAGGAAUUCAGACAGGCUUCAAAUUUAGAAAAUCACAUGUGGCUUCAUACUAGUGAAAAAUCCUUCAAAUGCAACUUUUGUCCAAAAGCAUUUUUUCGACCGUCGACUUUCAAACUACACCUUGAGACUCAUACUGGGGACAGACCAUGUAAAUGUGAAAUUUGCGACAAAGAGUAUAGCAAUUUUGCCACUUUAAAAACCCACCAGCUUGUCCAUAAAGGUGAACGAUCAAUCAAAUGUCCAUCAUGCGAUAAAGUUUUUUUUCACCAUGCAGAUUUAAAACGGCACCAAUUUCUUCAUGCUGACAAAAAACUGUUUAAGUGUCAAAUAUGCCAGAAAAGUUUUUCACAGCCCAGAUAUUUGAAAUCUCACUUAUUAGUUCAUAGUGAUGAAAAACCAUUUAAAUGUGAAAUAUGUCCUAGAUCAUUUUCUGAAGCCAGACAACUAAAAAAUCACCAGUUUGUCCAUGAUGGUGUAAAACCUUUCAAAUGUGAACUCUGCGACAAAGAAUAUGCUUUUUCUAUACAACUGAGGCGGCACCAGUUGAUUCAUUCUGAGGAGAAAAGAGCUCAAUUUAAAUGUGAAGUAUGUAAAAAGGAGUUCAUUGAUUCCUGGUCCUUGAAGUCACAUCAAUAUAUUCAUUCUGGUGACAAACCGUUCAAAUGUCAAAUAUGUAACAAACAGUUUGUUCGUUCCGCUAAACUGAAAAAACACCAGCUGAUUCAUACAGGACAGAAACCAUUUCAAUGUCAAAUAUGUCUGAAAAGAUUUUCUCAAUCAUCAUAUUUGAAAUCUCACCAGCUGACACAUUCGGAUGAAAAACCGUUCAAAUGCCAAAUUUGCAAUAAAGGGUUCUCGGUAUCUCGUCAGCUGAAAAACCACCAACUGGUUAAUGGUUGUGAAAAAACAUUUAAACACCAAGUAUCUCACACAAAAAAAUCAAAAACACCUCAUUUGAGUGAUACGGAUGAAAAAUCUUUCAAUUGUCAAAUUUGCAAGAAAGUAUUUUCUCGGGCAAGUUAUUUAAAAACCCACCAGUUGCUUCAUACUGGUGAAAAACUAUUUCAGUGUCACAUAUGUCACAAAGAAUUUUCAAAUUCUUCUAACUUGAAAAGACAUAAAUUGCUUCAUACAGGUGACAAGCCAUUCAAAUGUCAAGUGUGCCAAAAAGAAUUUUCUCUGUUGACUUAUUUAAAAUCUCAUCAGUUGAUUCACAGUGAACAAAAAUCAAAAGUGGAAUAAGCAUAUAUACCAGUGUAUAAUACAUCUAUUUUCAUAUAUGCUUACAAAAUCUAAUUUUAUUUAUUUAAAAUCAUGUAAUUUAAAGUAAAGUACCCUUUCACAUCUUGUGAUCUAUAGGGCAUAUGAUGUAAAGGUCAUCUGAUUCUGUGGCCCUCAGUUAACCAUGGUAUCAUGUGGUCGGCACAUAGACCAAACGCCUUUACUUUCCCCAACUGUCAGGUACUUAUUAGAGUUGGGUGGACUUAAGGGAGUCCUAAAAAUCCUGAAAUUCUGAUCUCGCAAAAGUAAAUUAAUAAUAUAAGUAUUAUUUAAAUUUCCCCCGUUAAAGACAUAACAAAAGUAUUACAUAUAGAUAUAUUUAAGAAAAAAGUCUAUAUCUAUAUUACAUACCGGGGUAUAGAUCUAUUUAGUUCUAAGAAAGAGGGCACUCUGCAUAAGGUAAUGUCCCUCGAUUACUGUAUUUUCAGGGAUAUAACCCACAGGUUAUACACGAUUUUACAAACGAGUGGCAGCUGUGCAGGGUUUAUAUUAUUUCACUCAUAAGCAUAGCAUAAUGGAAACUAUGGACAUAUAUGUGAUUCUUUAUACCUCCCAUAGUUUGCUGUGUGAUUGUGAAAUGUACAUUGGAAAGAUUUAUGAACUUCUCAUUAUAAAUCUCAAGAAAACAAAUAGUACUGAUGCAGCAGAGAAUUUUUAAUAUGCCAGUAAUCAGUUGUGAUAGUAAGUAAGCAACUAAACUAAUUUGCUGAUGUAGGUAAUGUCAAAACGUAUUAAUUACUGUGUAUGCAAUACAUCUGCAAUCAAUCACCAGUCUCACUAUUGCCAAUGUCCUUGAUAUAGAUAGUGAAGCCAUCGAAACUUGUACCGUAUUCAGUCUUCUUCCACUAAUGAAGCAUGUUGGCAGCAACAGUUCAGUCAUAAAUCUAUGCCUGCAGAAUAUAUAAGAGUGUGGGUUGUACGAUUUUGUUUUUACUUGUUUUGUAAUUUGUGCGUGGUAUUUGCCUGUGUAUGGUAUAUGCGCAAAAAAAGAGUAAAGCUAUACCAGUAAAUUGUUUAUUUAAGUAAACAAUUUUAUUAUGUUAAAAUUAUUGUUUACAAUUUUACUCACAUAUUCUUAAAUUGAUUUAAAAAAUGUAAAAUAAAAUAUAAAUUAUCUACCAAAUGUUUCCUUACAGAUGUAUAAUCAUUUGGGGAUCUAUAUUUAUUAUAAAUUUGUAGUGUUAUUGUAACCUCUGUUCUAUUUGUCCUGUUGAUAUCAUUUGUGCUAAGCUUUAAGUUUAUAAUUUUAAGGGAAGAACUGCAAAGUUAUGGUGGGGUAGGCUUGAUGGAAGAAAUGCUAUUUAUUAAUUUGUUAUGCUAUAAUAAUUUUGAAACAGAUUUUAUGAAAUCUAUGGUAUAUAUGUGUUUUGUUUUAAAUUGUCAUAAUUCUCACUUGAUGGGUCCAUUAUCAAGGGAACAGGGUGAGUUUGAAAGUUUGUACAAUAAUUCUGUUAUAUAACUGUAGACAGACAGAAUUGAUUAAAAAGGUGAAUGAUUUGACUAUGUAAGAGAUUCCAUCCCUCCCAAACUUGUUUCUGUGGUCCAACGUUAAUGAGGGUGUCAUGUAGCCAUCACAAUGACCGACCUUUACUUUCCCCAACUAAUGUUAGGUACCCAUUGCAGCUGGAUGGACUCAGAGGCGUCCAAUGAUCUCGAAAUUAAAAAUCUCAGUCUUCAUCAGGAUUUGAACUUGGUUCUCGGUUCAAAAGUCAAGUGCUCUACCGCUCUGCCACCACACAUCCUCUCCAAACUUGUCUGUGUUUAUUUACUCUAUAUACAAUCCCAUGAUCCCAAUCUUCAUUUGAGUCUGUCGGGGAUACAGACGUUACUUCAAAAGAAAAGAUGAUUACAUACUAUGUAUUUAAAGUGUCACUAGUCAUGCAUGCUUUGUUCAUCAGUGUCUUAAACUCUGCUAAGUUGUUAGAGUAUGGAGCUGCAUAGAGGUUUUAUUUGACAUAAUUCAUCCAACAAUUCUGUUAUUAUUGUGUACUGGAUGUAACCAUCUUACAGCGACUGCCCCCCUCCUUUUCUUAAAUGUGUCAGUUGGUGGCUGUUAUACCUGUAUAGAAAAUUUUGAUGUAUGAUUGAACUGUUGGUGUGCAACAUGUGAGUUCCUUCCAACCCACAGUUUCCUUCACUUGGUUCAUGAAUGUGAAUUAUUCAUGUAUUCUUACUUGUCCAACCUAGUCUAGUUGACAGCUUUAUUGUGUAAUAAUAAAUUUGUAUUUGUGAUACUUGCAGAAAUUUGUCAUUGUUGUUUUUAGUUUUAUCUCCUAUUUUCUUUGCUUGUGAGUAAUGUAAGAAGUGUAUUGUCGUUUUUGCAGGGUCCUAGGUCAGAGACUAUGCAUGAUGUCUGCUAGAGCAUUUGGUAAUUAUAGCUUUUAGCAGCAGCUUUUUACACCACUGGCCAGAUUUUUGUAUUUUUUUUUUUAAUUUUUAAUGUUUGGGUGAUAUUGCCUGUUUGUAGUUCUUCUCCAUCUUUCCUGGUAAUCCUUUCAUCUAAAACCAAGUUUAGGUGUGCAGGAGUCAAGGAGUGAAUGUUAGUUGUCUGAUUUUUUUUAUUUUUUUUUAUAAUAAGUUUGAUAUGAUGUGGUACCAACCAUUUUUCUGGGUUAUCCAUAAUUUCUAAUUUUUUUUUGCUCUGGAUAGCAAAAAAAAAAAAAAGAAAAUUGAACACUUUCAAAAUAGGCUCUUCAUUGUUCUGUUUCUUAAUGCUUGACUUGAGCUCUGAAGUCAACUAAUUAUUAAUUGUAAAUAUGUCAGUCAGCCAUUUUUACAUACUUUAUAAAUUUCUACUAUUAAGAGAUCUGAAAAGGCUUAAAUCAAUCAUGUCACUUCCAGUUCUAAUUUUCUCAACACUUCUCUGCAUAUAGUUUCUCUCGGGACUGUGUACAGUGAAAUGAUAACUCCACUUAAGCAUUACAAAAAUAAACAAGCAAAAUACGGAAAAAAACACAAAGUUUAUAUUAAGUCUACCGGUGUAUAAGCUUUGUAAAUAAAUGGAAAAGUUCUAUUUAGUUAAAAAAAUAGAAGCAGCAAAA